AUGGAGCCGUCAAUCUUGAAUCGCAAGUACCGCCAUAUGAAGGCCAUGGGAAUCGAUUCUCAGUCCUCAAAAGGCUCCAGGCGAGCUAUCAAGCCAUAUGCUCGAGUUCGUGCUUUCCGCGAGAUGUCGAGAGCGCAACGAAUUCGCGAGAUAUAUGCUCUAGCUCACUGGAGAACAACGAGCAGGGAUGAAGACGAACCAUAUUGCUUAGCCACGCUCCUUUUAACAGAUCAGGGGACACUACACAGAAUAACCGAGACUAAAGACUUGCAAGAGAGAAGAGAGGAAUUUACAAUGGGCCAGGGACUGAUUGGAACGCGAGAGCCCCCAAUUGGCUGGGCUUUAAGGAGGUAUUUGUACAGAGGAGAACCCGAAGGAAUUCCAGCCAACAAUCCUCUUGCCCCCGUUGACAAAGCAGGAUGGCAUGUUCUUCUCGCCGGUAUAACUUUCUCUGCUACUAAUCUCCCUGUCAAGCUUGUCCAGGGCUAUCAGCUGCCCAACUUCACCUUUACAGAUGAAGAUAAAGCUAUUACGCUCGAGGUGUCUAGCUUUUCCUGGCUCCGUGAUCAAAAACCGCCGGACUAUUGGACUGGUAUCCUAUCUACCUUUGGGGCCUCUAAGAUCGGAAUCAUCAUCGAGAAAUGGCCGCUAGAAUAUCAAGAGCGACAGGCUGGAUUUAGAAGCUAUUCGUCGACUCGGGGUGCCGUAGUGGCAAUCACGGAAGCGACAACGGGCAAGUUUAAUUGCUUUUUCUGUGGAACUGUGCUGAUUUCUCGCGCUGCUGAGCCCGGUCAAAAAAGCUCGCCUGAGAUACUAUCAGCUCUACUGCCCGAAUUUGAAGCUUCCCUGCUGAAAGAUGAUCCAUCGUUACUCCGGCUGGUGUCCGAAUUGCCUAGUGGCAGGUGUUCUCGAGAGGGAGAGAAUGUAGUAAAUGGCCAGCUUUUUGACGAUAGUCAGGAAUGGUGCAUCAAAUGA